AUUGCUAACUGACCUUAUCGGUCAAUUUUGUCCUUCGUCGUUCCAAAAAAAAAAAUAAAGAAAGUAUUCGGGUUAUCUGUACGUCGCGACAACACAUGAGUUUCGGGUUCCUUUGACCUCAGCCUAUCAAAUGAAUAGAUUUUACAAGUUUAUCAGGAAGAAUUUUCGGUGUGAUCAUUUAUUUCUAAAGUGCUCACGCGUUUGGCUUCUUUUUGGCGCUAAGUAAGUAAACUGAAGAGGCGCGCAAUACUAAGCCAUUAUCGAUACUAAACAUCCCGUUGGAGGCUCUAAAGGAAGCUUCAAACCUAGGUAAGUUGUUCUCUUAUUUUGUUUGUUAUGACACAUCUCGAAAAUCAAUUUCGAAAAAUAGCAUUAGCAUUUAAUGUUUUCUUGUUUUGAGAGGGAGGACUAGCUAAGUAGGUGUCUCUUGAUUCAACUUGAAUCAAAGGCCUGAGGCAAGAAUCAAGCUCAGAUAAUUUAAAUGAAGACGAUGUUUGGUGAAAGGUUUUUCAAGCGCCGCCAUUUAGAUGGGCUACAAUAAAAACUGUUCCUGAUGUAUUUUAAAAAGGCCGAAAUUGAAGCAAAAGGCUCCCCAAAAAUGAAUGGCUCUCUGUAAUUAGCGUAUUGUGUAUACUUGGAAAGAAUGUUCGUCGGUUGAAAGCAAUUUCUUUUCUCGAUGGGGAAUGCUUGCAUGAUAUCCCAAAAGAGUGUCUGCGAAGGUGACUAAAAGAACUGCCUGUUGUGAAAUGAUAUGCCUAAAAUUGAAGGGAUCUCUAGAAGUUAUCAAUUGCGAAUGCUGACCCCGAAUAGUGGCUCUACGCCAAAAGUGAUUAUUAAUUGCAUUUUCUGACUGUUUGCACGCAAAGCUAUUGGCAUACAAUAGCUCCUUCAAGGCCUCAGGAAUAGCUUGCCUUUUGAAAAAUAAGUUUGCUUGAAACCAGCAGGGGAUUGAUUAUGAAACGUUUUCAUUACCAAUCCACAAAGUAGAGCAGGACAAGAAAAGACGUAAACGUUAUUCCUUUGUUACAACAUAAAAGGUGAAGUAUUAACUGAAAUAGACCCUCGCCAGUCAUGGAGGGAAGGUGGAGAAAGUUUUCACUACUAAUCGAGGACGUGAAAAAGUUAACAAAACCGCUACAAGAAGAUACAGAAAAAAUUUUUAAAAUUUUGAAGGAUUACGAGGAGAUACUAAAAACUGAGGGAGCAAAGCCUGAGGAAUGUGGUGAAUUGAGCCAAUUAUCCCAAAGCCUCAACAAAUUAAUGGAUAAUUUGAAGAAUGUUCGGGAAAAGGAAACCUCGAAAGAUAUAGUCAUUCAAUUUGUUGGAGCAACCAGUAGUGGCAAAUCAUCCCUUAUAAACGCCCUACUCGGCGAACGUCGUCUACCUGUUGGAUUCAUGCAAACAACCAUGUGUUCCAUUAAAGUUUGCAUCACUGAAGACAGCGAGUGGAGUAUUGAAAAAAUUGACAACAAUGGAAACAAAGAGCCUCUCACAGAGGGAAGUGACGAAAAGAGUGUAAGCGAUCUCUUGAGUAAAAUGAGUGGUCAAAGAAAUGAACAGGAACGGGAAAAGAAGGGAAUUGGUCUAAGGACCAUAAUACAGAUCAAUUGGCCUGCCAGCAAAUGCAAAAAGUUACCACGAAACGUUAUCUUGUGUGACUCACCCGGCUUUGGAGAGAAUGAUGAAGACAUGAAGCUUGUCACCCAGACGUGUAAAAAAGCAGACAUAAUUGUAGCCGUAAUGGAUUCCAUGUCACCGUCAAGAGGGAGACUCACUAACCUGGUGAAAAAUGUUGGCUGCCAAUUUACUUUUGGAGUCUUCACCAAAUGGGACGAAUGCAUAAGAAAAGCGCGAGAAGAAGGACAACAGAGCAUCCGAAAUGUGGUAAAAACGGCCAAUGAUUACAUGAAGGAGUUCUGUGAAGUGCUUCAAGGGAAAGGCAAAGCUUACUUCGUGAACGUCAAAAACUUUGAAAAUCAUGAUGAUACAUUUCUUCAGUUCGAGAACAAACUGGCCACGAGUGCAACAAAGUUGAAGAUAGAGUCAUUAACACAGCAGGCAAAAUCUGUAGCUUUGCAUUCCAGGAAGGUCUGCGAAAAGCUGAAAACUGUCAUUGAAACCAGAAAGAGAGAAAAGCUAACUUGUCUGGAAACAGAGUUAGCUUUGAUGGUAGAAGACGGCGUGAAGCUACAGGACGCUUUUGAUGGCAUUAAGAGUAAGGAUGAAGACCUGGAAAUUUUAACCGACGACACAGUCCAACCGUUAUUAAAGGAGGUUGAAGACGAAUUGUUGAAAGGCACAUCAGAGGAAGAGGCUGUCAAACACUUUCUCGACGAAAUCAAUAGAGAGAUCCAAAAAAAUCUGACACGCAAAAGACAUAUAACUGGUACUGCCCUUCAAGAAUGGAAGAAAAACAUGCAAUUCCACAAGUUACAGUCUCUCAGUACGCCUCCGUCUCAAGCACCUCCUCAGCUUACAAGUCAAGGAUUACCUGAAGACCAAUACCAGUGGUAUCGCGACUUUAAUUACUACUACACGAACAACUACAUCUGUGCAGCCUUGGUUGGUGUCGCAGCCGUCGCAACUCCUGUAUUUUUAGCUGGUGCUGGUGUAGGGGCACUCGCAGGCUGUGCUGGAGAGGCGGUCGCACAAGGAGUGAUGACGGGUGGAGCAUGGGCAACUACCUUAGGAGGUCCUGUUGGAGCUGUCGGAGGAUAUAUUGGAGAAUGGUUUCGUGGCUUUCGUUUGGGAGACCAGUUGAAGAGAAAAUUCCCGAUAAGCCAAUACAAAAUAGAUUGCUGGAAAAGUCUCCUCGCAAAUCAAAUAAGAAAGCUCCGCCAAGACUGCAAGAAGCUUUUAAGGGAGGAAAAGGACGCUGCUCUUGCGAAUAUCUUAAAGAAAUUGGAGAGCGUCGCACUUGAGAAGUCAGACGAGAUCGCAGGGCUUUGUAACAAGUCACACAUCUUGAACCAGCUAGCUGCACAACUGGGAAACAUUUGUGACCGAGUACAGACAACAACAGAAGAGUUCGACAUGCUGCUGGCUGCUUUGCCGAAGGCCCAAGAUAAUACGGUCGGUGAAAUUGAUCCGGAGAUAUAUAUCUCUCAAGCAGAUGGUACAAUGCACUCUGAACGAUCUGGCUAAUGACGUAAUUCAACACAGGGAGCUGUUCAGUGCUACUCUGUGUCGGCAUGAAUUGAAUUUUUUCUGUAAAAUCUCAAUGUAUGGAUGCCAUCCUUUGAUCACAGGAGUCCUUGAGCCCUUCACUCGUGGGGUUGAGGGGGCGGCGAAGAGAACUGAAACCUUGCCUCCCUAAGAUAAUGAACAUUUUUUUAAAAUAUUGAGUUCAUACGAAGGCGCGAAAAUUGUAAAACAAAAGGUGCACUGAGACAAUUUUGCACAAACCCACUGCAUAGAAAAAUAUUUCAUUGGAGGCCACGUUGCUGGUACCUUCAAAUCCACAAGACUAGCUUUUUUGUUUUUCAAAAGGCAGGUUAGUUUUUGGGUUUACCACUGUAAUACUUGGAUUCAUCAUAAGUGUUAGUAUAGGUUUUGACAUUUUAGAAUUUGACUUCUGUUUUUUCAUGAGAGAUUUAUACCCCUUUCAUAAAGCAAACAAAGUUUAAUUAAACCGGUUUAAACUGCAUGAAAAGCAGAAAGAGGAAAUUGAGAACCUGAAUUUUAUAUUGGAUUCAAGUAGUCGCUAACUUGUAUUUACAAAGCGCAAACUAUGAAGUUGACAAACAUCGGCUUACUUUCCGUAAGUUUUCCC